AUGUUUGACAUUUUAACAAUUUGCCCACGCUUGGAAGAGUUGUAUUACACUGUUAAUAGUGACAUUUAUAACUCGUUUAUUAUCCAGCUUGCAAAAUUGUGCCCUAACCUCAAGAAAAUCCAAAUUUUAUGCAACGAUGACUGUUCAUCAGAACUACAGGUCACAGACGAGGGUUUAUAUGAAUUUUUGAAGCUAUUACCCCAACUUGAAUAUGUGUCGUUUCAUCCUUGCAGUAACAUUCGAGGUGAGAUUUUUAAAAAAAUUGGCGAGUUUUCACAAUUGAAAUAUUUUAAUAUCACUCGAGGUUCGUAUGACCAACCAGUACCCCUAGAAAAGGAUAUUCAUUUUGGAGGUGGAACUCUUUCCAAACUUGAAUGCAUUGAUUUUGGAAGCAAGGAAUACUCCUUCAACACAAGUGAGGAAUUUGACAAAUUUGUUACCACUCUCCGAUCUGUGGCUCCUCAUUUGAAAUAUUUGGGAGAUCUUUUGGAUAUUGACGUGAGCAUGGAUGAUAAGAAAAAAGUAGUGCAACUCUUUUCCGAUACUCUUACUGAUUUAGAUGUAGGCUAUACGGUAAACCAUUUAGCACCAAUUCUGCCUAAAAAUCUUACUUCCUUGCGCAUGAAGAUUAAUGAUGAAUUUGUGAGCCAAAAUGUGCUAAAUCAAUUACAGCCCAAUCACAGCCUUAAAAAGCUGAGCAUUACUGUUGGUCGACAAAUUUCACCAGAAAUCAUUGUGGCAAUUAUUGAAAAAUUGGCUGUGGAUAUUUAUCCAUGUGUGACACAUCUCGAAUUUUACUCAACAACAAAGCAAAAAAAAGUUUCAACCAAUCCGCAUGGCGAGAUCAUGGAUACUGUUUUAAGCAAUAUCAAAAUUUGGCCAAAUUUGUUGUUUUUGGAUGGGGAGGUAUUGUCGAUGAACAGAAUUUUAGCCGUUCGACCAAGGCUUAGAUUUUACUCUAUGUGGGACAAUGAUUUGAAUUUUGACGACAAUGUUUCCUUGUUCUAUUAUCAAUGGUUGGUCCUUGAUCAACCCUUUGAGGAAUGGUGA